AUGGCCAAGUUGGUGCACAAUGUGCAGAAAAAACAGCACAGAGAAAGGUCUCAGACGCUGGACCGGGCCCGGUUUGGCUUACUAGAGAAAAAGAAGGAUUAUAAACUUCGGGCGGCCGAUUACCAUAAGAAACAAUCUGCUCUCAAGGCUCUUCGUGCCAAGGCAAGCAACUACAAUCCUGAUGAAUAUUACCAUGGUAUGACCAGGCGAAAAACCGACAGCAGGGGCAUUCUACAGGCAGAUAGGGGAGAAGAGGUGCUUUCUGUGCAGCAAGUGCAGUUGCUCAAGACCCAAGAUGCCAACUAUGUUCGUACCAUGAGGAUGAAUGAGGCUCUGAAAAUCGAAAAGCAAAAGAACCAGCUUGAUUUUGGAGCUCGCGGGUCCCAUACGGUGUUCGUAGACUCGGUUGAGGACCAGAAAAACUUUAAGCCAGAGGAAUAUUUCGACACCGACAAGUCCAUGGUGAAUAGAAGAGAGAACCGUCUUCGAAAUCUGGACUUGGAAAAGUUGGAGCGGGUGGUGAAUGUGGAAGAUGUGGAUGUAGAAAGGCUUCAUGAAAAGAAGGUUAAACUGUACAAAUUGCUAAAAAGUCGUAUGGAUCGAGAACGCCAGUUGCGAAAGGUGGAGGAGCGUAUGGAUUUGACUCGAGAGUUGAUGAAGAAGGGAAGCAAGAAGAAGACAGUUGUCGACGGGAAACCGCAGUUCAAGUGGAAAAACCAGCGGAAAAAAUGA